AAUCCGAAUCAUUGGCGCGCUAAGCACCAGUCUGAAAACAGUUCAGUGUCUGCAAGCGCGUAAAAAAGGAAUUGCAACUCGAGCCACUGUUUUGUUUUGUUCAUCUGAGAUGGCAGAUUCCAAGAAACGCGCUAGGCUGACACAGUCAAAGCUGAGCUUCUCAAAGACUUCACAAUCGUCUUCGAAGCGUGGGGAUGCCGAGAAAAGUGGAUCCAGUGUAUCUACAGAAGAUCUUGAACGUAUGGUCAAUGACACCGUGUACUACCUUCUGAUCUCGGACCAGCACAAGGAGGCCAUCAAGAAGAAAGACAUACAGAAGCAUGUUCUGAACAACAGUGGAAGAGUCAUGCGCAGUGUGCUUGCCUCGGCUAAGGAGAAACUCCACGAUGUGUUUGGUUACGAACUGGUAGAGCUUGAAGAUAAGCAAGGCUCAGUCAUACUAGUCAGCAAAAUCGACCUUUCUGAGUACAGUCAGUUCUUAAGAAGAAGUGACAAAGAUCUUGCAAAACAGGGCCUCAUAAUCCUUGUCCUGGCCCUUAUUCUCAUGAAUGAUGGAGUCAUCCGCGAAGAUUCACUUUGGAAAAUGCUGAGGUCCUAUGCCUUUGACCCGAACGUGACAGAUCCAACCUUUGGUGACGUGAGGAAGCUGAUAUGUGUAGAGCUUGUCAAGCAGGCGUACCUCGAGCAGUCGGUGAUUCUAGGGUCUGAUCCACCAUUGAAUCAGUACCACUGGGGCAUGCGGGCGAAGAAGGAAAUCUCAAAGCGCUCUGUCCUUGAAAUAGUCUGCAAGAUUAUGGGCCAGGGAGCACAACCGGAACACUGGGCGUCGGUUUACGAUGAAGUUGUGCGUUCAGAAAAUGCCAACUGACGAGGAACCUGGUGCCAGCUUUCCACAUUGUUCACACAUUAAUUCAGUUAUUGCCCAGAAUUUUUUUCUUUCGUUUCUGCACAUUUUGAGAAAGGCAGUUUAGCUCCUCAGAGAAGAUAUGAAAAUUGGGAGGAGAAAGGUGAAAUGUUUGUAGUGUCUGUUUCUACUGUUUCAGCAUACCAGUACCCAUUCAAACUGACCUCGUAGAAGUAUGGACAUGAAUGGGAAUGGAGCUGUUAGCCCAUGUUUUGUUCCUUCUAGGUAGUGUGAGAGUUUGUUGAAAGGAUAGAAACAGACUACAUAAGUGCUGUGCCUCUAUAUUUCUAGUUUGUGUUGUCUAAUACGCAAAAGUAGAAUUUUAAACUGCAAACGAGUGCUUCUUACAAAGAAAGAUUGUUUCAACUUAAUUGUAGUUAUAUAAUGCAAAUAUUGUUUCUAUCUGGCAUCUCUACUACUUGUUUUGUGAGCGAGACCUGCUACAGCCCGGAAUUUUCUUUUUCACGGUAAGGGCAGCACCUCAAAAUUUUCAUUUCUGCUUGAACUAUAAUUUUUUUGCCUUUGCUUCCCACACACAGAGAAAAAUACUGUGAUAUGUACAUACUUCACUGACUUUACUUGCCAGGAGGCUUGACCAUGAAAUGUCCUUUUGUAAAUAGUACUGUAAAUAGUAAAGGUGUAUAAAUGUUUGAUACCUGAUGCCCAAACGUGAUUUAUUAUCUUCUAUUAAAGAUUACAUCGUGCUUCUUUUGCUUGA